AUGGAUCUCCCUUCAAUGGAAGUACCAAAUCCUAACGUCGUGCCCAUUAUGACUUCAGCAGGUAUCAGCGCCGACGAAAUUGCUCUGUAUGAUCGACAAAUCCGACUCUGGGGAGUGAAAGCCCAAGAAAAAAUCCGUUCGGCCAACAUCCUCCUCAUAACCAUGAGAGCCCUCUCCAACGAAAUAGCCAAAAAUCUCGUCUUGGCUGGAAUCCACUCCCUGACCAUCUGCGAUCAUGCAAUCGUUACCCCCGCCGAUCUAGGUGCUCAAUUUUUCAUCUCCGAAGCUGAUAUUGGGACAAACCGUGCCGAAGCCGCUGCUCCCCAGAUGCGAAAAUUGAAUCCGAGAGUAAAUGUGAUUGUGGAUAAAGAUGACAUCAGAAGCAAAGGACCACAAUACUUUGGGGGGUUUGAUAUUGUGAUUGCGACGGAUUUAGACCCGGAAAGUUUGAAUAUCAUUAAUACGGCUACGAGGUUAAAUCAUAAACCUUUUUAUGCAGCGGGGGUUCAUGGAUUCUAUGGCUUUAUUUUCUCGGAUUUGAUUCAACAUGAUUAUGUGGUGGAGAGAGAACGAAGUAAUAGACCUACACUUCUGCAACCGGAAACACGAACUCGCAGUGUCAUUGAUGUCAAGACGAAGAAGGAAAAUGGAAAAUCUAUGGAGGUUGUUACAAAGAGAGAGUUUUAUUCGACUUGGUUUUUGGCUAGUGAUGCUGCAACAUUACCUGCUGAAUAUCUCAAAAGCAGACGUCGUUUAAAGGCAGUUACUCCAAUUCUAACAUGUCUACGAGCAUUAUGGGAAUUUGUUCAACUUCAAAAUGGUCGAUUACCGUCAACCAAAGAAGAUCUUCAACUAUUUACCGUCUUGGCUCAUAAAAAGCAUACAGCUCUAGGUCUUCCUGUUGAAACACUACGUUCGGAAGUCCUACGAAGUUUUCUUCAAAAUCUUGGUAGCGAGAUAGCUCCUGUUACAGCGGUCCUUGGUGGUCAACUUGCACAAGAUGUUAUUAAUGUGCUUGGUCAUCGACAACAACCAAUUCAAAAUAUGGUUUUGUUUGAUGGAGAUACGAUGGAAGCACCAAUGUAUGCUUUACAUCCUGAAGGUACUCUUGGUGAAGGGUUGCUGAAGUCGGGUGGAGAGAUUCUUAUGAAUGGUCCAGUGAUGGCACAACAAGUAUCAUUCCCUCUGGACGUCAUUGAACUCUAG